UAUAGGUUUUUCAAUUUAAAAAUUACAUUACUUACGUUUCUGUUUGGUUAAAAUUCUGCGAAAUUAUGAACAAAAUUUUAAGUUACCACGUGUAAAUAUAUAUAUAUGUAAAAUACAAAUAAAAUAUAAAGAAAAUAAAUUAAACAAAAAUGUUCUCACUGGAAUCAUACAUAACACCGAUAAUUCUUAGUCAUGUUGACAAAUAUGUUAAAGAUUUUCGCCCAGAAGAUGCAUCGAUAUCACUUUGGGAAGGUGAAGCUAUGUUUGCUAAUUUAGAUUUGAGAUUGGAUGUGUUGGAAGAAGAACUAAAUUUACCCAUUGAAUUUCUCUCGGGUCACAUAUAUGAAUUAUACAUAUUCGUGCCGUGGACAGCUAUAGUAUCAGAACCGGUACGCAUACAUAUUAACACAAUAGAAUUCGUUGUAAAACUGAAAAGUGGUGAAAGCUCAUCAACAAGUUCGUCACCGAAACGAAAACGGAAGCCGCCCCCACCAAAACCGACUCCGAAAACCGAUGAGACACCACAACAACCACCAGGAGCAGGCCUCAUCAAUAAAAUUGUGCAUAAUAUUAAAAUCGAAAUUGAAAAUAUUAUACUUAAAUACGUGGAAGAAGAUAUUGUAUUGUCAAUGAAUGUUGCAUAUUUAUGUGUAUGCUCUGCGGAUGAGAAUUGGAAACCUGCAAUGUUAGAUGUAAAUCCGAUUAAAGUGCUGCUGAGAAAGCUAAUAACAAUUUCUGAUCUUACUAUAUGCUUAGACAAACGUAACUCUUCUGGACAAAUUGAAGUGUGUAUGGAACCCAUUCUGUAUAGAUGUACGCUUGAAUGUCGUAUACUGCGUAAACACGAUAUUAGAACGAUAAAUACGAGAAGCACCACACGUAUUGGCAUUUUUACUAAACUUAUAGAUAUAAAUAUAUCAUCACUUCAAUUUCCGUUGGUGAUGCGCUUAAUAGAAAUUGUAUCGGCAAUGCAAAAUGAUAAAGUUGGAGCACAGAUUUCACACUAUGAACAGCCUGAUGAGGCAGAAACUACAGAAGUACAAAGUGGAUAUGGCGUUCUUUCAUAUGUUACAUGGGCGUGGAAUUUGAUACCAACCAUUACUUUUGAUACGUGUGAUGACGGUGAUGAUUGUGAUAGUGCGCUACCAUGUCAUGUUAACGAUUUUGGAUUUUAUGCUGAACAAAUUAGUUUCACAUUAAAAAAUGCAGAACUAAUAAGUGAUUCCGUAAUGGGAACACAGAAACGCAUACGUUAUUUACCUGUUGUAAGCAUUUCAUUGGGUGGUAUUUAUGCUGAAGCUGUUAUGGCAAAGGAGCGUGAUUGGUCCAGUAUAAAAGCGGGACUUUCAAGCAUUUACAUUGUACCACUUGCAGAAACAAAUGAUCCAAGUGAUGAGGCUUGGGUGGAAACUGAAACGGUCGAGUUUGUGAAAUCCUUUAUCGAUAAGAGUCUUUUCGAUGAAAAUUGCCUUAUUGCCGAUAAAGGAUGGAUUUCAACAUCAUAUGAUGACUAUCGAAAUCGUAUAACUGAUGAUUAUCUUAUGUAUCGAAGUCCUGUGCUGGCUUUUGAUGUGGUUAAGUAUAAACCAGCUAAGAAAGAUGAUGAAAACCAAAUAGGACGUAAAAUCAUAGAGUCCCUUAAUGAGUUUCGCGUACUCUCCGCUGGUAUAACAUGCCGAUUUCAACAAACAUUUCAACAGGUUAACAAUCUUAUUAAUGAUUUAAUUAAGUCUUAUGACUAUCCACCGUAUUAUGCAGAACCCUUAGAUGCUAACAAUUCAAAUGUUGCUCAAAAAUUACAUCCACCGCAAAUGGAAGAUUACGAUGCGCUUAUGGAACACAUACCACUUUCCAUAUAUAAAUUUGAUAUUAAAAAUAUUAAAUUUGAAUUUUAUGCCAAAGUUGAACCGCAAAAAACUCAAAAGACACAGCGACGUCUUCCAAUAAAUAUGCAACAAAAUUUACCAAUUUUUAGUUGCCGAAUCGAACAUUUAUACGGUACGCUCUCAACUCCAAUUAAGCCAAAUAAACUUGUACAUACCACCUGCCAAUUACCAGAUAAGCCCAGUGUAUUAGUCGAUGCUUGCUAUGAUAAUUAUAAGAUUGAUUUGAAAAAUUUUAGUUUGGAUUUGGUAAAUAAAACUUCACACAGUUCUGUGCGAUUACUUCAUUUACCAAAAUUGCAAAUGACUUAUGGUAGCUUGGUGCAACCACAACAUUGGAAAGUAGAUGAAGUUCCUAAACGAAAAUUUGAUUUAAAUUGUGAGAAUUUUAGUUUAGAAUUCUCCAAACGUGAUCUAAUUAUUACGGAUCACCUUGUGAGAUGUAUACUGAAAUAUCAUCCGUAUAUGGUUUGGAAAUUAGCUAAAUACGGAGAGCAGCAAUUGCCAGCUACUGAAAAACUUAUUAACUUACAGUGUAAAUUUACUAAAUUUUAUAUAUAUCAACGUCAAUAUCACACCUAUAAUAUGUUGAAUGCGAGUCUUGAAGAAUUUAAUGUUGACGUAGUCUGUGCCAAUUGUGUUGAUGAGAAAAUGAAACAUAAAGUUUUCACCACUGCUGGUGGCUUGCGAAAAACAUAUCGUAAUUGGUUAGAAGUCUAUGUUCAAAUACCUAAUGAAGAAGAAACAAAUGAAGGUGAACAGGUGUUGAAAACCGUUGUCGCUGCUUGGAUGGAACCAUACAACAUUUACAUAGACAAUAAAAUGCUUGAGUUCCUUAAAUGCUAUGAAGAAUUUGAAAUUAUUGGUGAAAAAGAACCAACUGUCGAUGCAGAAGCACAAGUUCAAGUACUGCAAACAACAAUUAAUCCUACAGUAACAAUUAAACCAAACAAUACACGUGCUAUGCUGAACCCACUUAAUGCAACUACAAAAACAAUAACACGUCGAUCUUCGAGACAUUCAUUGUCAAAAAAGAUAACACAACCUGAAGAGACAAUACAUGUAAGUUCUGAACGUGAUGAGAAAGUUGAUAUAGAAACAAGUGUGUCAACACCGCCUAACAGCAAGGACGAGACACAGCAUGAAUGGUUUAAAAUUUCAAAGGCUUUAGUUUUUUAUAUAGAAUUAGCACAGAGUAAAUUGCAUAUAUGUGAACAUUUCUUAAAUAAUUCCGAAGAUGUGCUUUCCAAUCACACGUUAUUGCUAUUACCUAAAACAGUGCUGAAGUCAUCACUAGUGGAGAACAUUAACCGUGGUGUGCUUUAUAAUAAAUUACUUUUUGCAGAUGAUAAAAAAGAUACGCUCAAUUGGACAAUAGCAAUGAAUAGUUUAUCACUUAGUAAUGUAGAUGCGACUUCAACUAAUAUAUUAUUAGAACCCACAAAUAUUGCUUUCACAAUUGUUGCAACACAUAAGGAGGAAAAAUUUAAAAAGAAAUCCUUUGGACAUAAUGAAAAUAAAACUAAAAAAACAAACAAAGAAAAUGUGAGAGAGUCGGGGAAAAAAUGUAAAACUGAACAUAAUUCUUCCAUACCAGACACUGACUAUAGCUCUAAUGAAGAGAAGAGUCAUAGUAGUUCUAAGAAAAAAGCUGAUAGCACGGAUGUAGAUAUUGUGGAUAUAUAUAACAGCAAUGAUGCCGAAGCUAUGCCUUUCAUUUCGCAUAGUAAAUGUGAAAACCAAAUAUAUAAGAAAAAUAUCUAUACAAUUAAUUUACAUGUUGACACCACACCAAUAAAAUUUUGUAUAUCUACACAAAAGUUUAAAAUACUACAACAACAUGUCAGCGUAUUAACAAAUGUCUUAGAUCGAAUUAAAGUAAUGGUUUCACCAGUUAGAAGUAGUUCUGCCAAAGUAUCAAACCCGUUUCAAAUUUUGACAGCUACGGAGGAAAACUCAAAAAUUAAAGAAUUUUUAGAUCUGGAAACUAAUUCGGAAAUAUCACUUUAUUCAGAAGAGAAAUACGCUGAUAUAAACGAGGUAUCAUUAUUCUAUCAAUGGACAAUAACAAAAAUAAUUGCUGAAUUGGAAAAUAAUGAUGAGUCACGCAAAGCUAAAAUUGUACUUGAACUGGAAGAUAUACUCUCAACGGUAGAUAAACGUGAGGACUAUUCAAAAUAUACGAGCAAAAUAGGACACUUCUGUGUUAAUUACUACAAGCUGAAUGAACAAAAUGAGUGGAUAAUUAAUGAGUUAUUACGCAUCAAAAUGCUUGGAGAAAGCUCCAAUUUACCAUUCUGCAAUGUGAUUAUCACAACUGCUGCUUUGAAAAACUUUUAUAAAAAAAUUGGCUUUAAACGAAAAGGCGAACUUAAUCGAAACAUAGCUGAAGUAUUAAUUACAAUGGAAUCACUGGAAAUAAUAAUGGAUUUAGAUGUAAUAAAAGAAUUUCUUACACCUUUGGCAAAAGUGUGUGUGGGAGAGAGAACAAAUACUAAAAAUAUAACAGACAAAACUUUUGAAAAAGAAAAUCCUGAUUAUAUAAAAAGUGAAAUCAUAAAGCCAAUAACUGCAGCUGACUUACCAAUGAUACAUUUAAAUAGCAAAGGAUUUACUUUAUAUUUACCUUUUGAUACGGGCAAAGAAAGUUGUUCAGUGCUGAUAUGGCGAAUAGAUCAAAUACAAGUUACACCCAACUUGGAGAAUCCACUGCAACGCAAUCCAAUACGUAUGGAUGUAUUUAGUAAAGCAGCUCAAAUGGGUAUACUUGGUACACCGGGUUCAGUAUUAGAGGAUCGCCAGUAUGAAAUGACUUUAGGCAAUAUAUCGAUUGUGACAGGCAAUUGGAAUGAAAUAUUAACACACAUGCGUGAACAAACAAAUAAUGCUUAUCGCACGAAUCCAGCUUUUGAAUGGAACAAUCAAAAUCGAAAGACCACUUUACAGCUUUCGGAAAUAUUUAAUAAUUUCACUUUUAUUGCAACAUUUGCACCUGGUAUGACCUAUAAUGAUAUACUCGUAUGUGGACAGGCGGUAGAAUUUAAUUGUGCUUCUGAUUUUAUUGCUUCACUCAAUACAUAUCAAAUUUUUCUCUUAAGCUGUUUAAUAGAACGUUUCAAGCAUAUCUUAAGUUUAACUCCCAAUUCUGUUACAACACAGCGUAAGACGUCGGCGUCAUUGAAAUAUAUACCAGCAAGUAUGGAUAGCAAGUAUUCGCGUAUGAACUCAACUUCUUCAACUAUUUUACGUACGAAUGUUAGUGAACAAAGAUCUGCUCAAUUGCAUAAAGAAGCACGUGGUUCAGUAUCUGUGCUUGAUUCAGCCGAUGAAGUAACAGAAAAUUUUGUAAAAACUGAUUCUGGUUUUCAAUCGAAUAAUUCACGUAUCUAUAGCACUGGGCUACAAGAACGUAUUGAUAGCAACACACAAACACUGCUUCGACAUGUACCGUGUACAGUAUCACUAGUAGCAGGCGUUUUUGUUAUAAAAAUAUUUGAUGUUAAGCAAAAUUUGGAUGAUAUGUUGCCCAUACCAUUGUUUUCUAUAACAAUAUCACAGCCAAGUUUCAUGUACUGUCAAAAUAUUUAUGAUGCUGUAACAACGUUAUCAGUUUUUGAUUUAAAUAUCAAAUUGUCGCAGUUGAAGGAUUCUGCACUCAUUCCAACAAGUAAUGAUUUAUUUACAGACUGUAUACUUGAAACACGUCCUGGUGAUGUGGAUGCCACUGGUAUACCACCACCAUUGAUUUGUAUUAAAAAGAAUCGCACUAAAAUGAAUUUAAUCGAAGUUGAUGUGCUCUUAUCAAAAACUCUUAUCAUUAAUUUAAAUGAACCGCUCAUCAAGCAACUAAUACAAAAUAUCUUAAAAGUCUAUAUAACAUUAUUGCAAAAUCCUUGCUUUCCUAUACGUUCCGCGGUACCAGUUAUGCGUGCCACUAAAAUUGCUUUAAUACGACAACAAUUUUACAAUGUCGAUCGUUUGCAUUUCAAAUGUGAGAAUAUUGUUAUCAAAUUUUUUAAUGAGAAGGAUUAUAAUUGUACUUUCGUCUUAAAUGAAUUGAAAGCAAAUACGAAAUUUUUAAAUCGUCCCGAAAAAGUCACUAUUAACUUGGGAAUUGCUGCUUUCCAUUUGGAAGUUAAUCAUUACAUAUGCUUACAUCCCACCACAGUACGAGUAUCCGCAGAAUUUCUGAGCGAACCUUGGCAUAAUCUGCCAUUGAUAAUGGCUACAGUUAAAUUCAAUGUCUUAAACGCAGAUAUAGGCAUAAAGGAGCUGCUACAAUUGCAAGAAGCAAAUCUUGGUUAUAAAAGACUUAUGGAGUUUAAUCGAAAUGCUUGGCAGGAAUUUUUUCUACAACGUCCCUCGUUUGGUGUUGGUGAUAUGCAACCUGAUCGUUUAAUAUUGCUGAAGGCACCCACAUUAAAGAAUAAUGCACAUUUGAGGAAAUAUGAUAAUUGUAAAAGCGAUAUUAGUCAUGGUGAAUUUUAUCAAGACGAUUUGAGAGCUGGCGCUUUUCAGUUUGUUGAAACGGCUACAGAUUCUUUCUUGCCUUUGCCAUAUCAAAUACAAAUUAUAAAAAAAAAUUAUGGCAUCAUUUGUUGGCGAUACCCACAACCACGGAAAAUGUUUAAAAUUCAUGUAUAUCCAGUGCCAAUGGCGAUAACAAGUUCCGUACACAUAAAAUGUCGCAUGGAAUACUAUAGUGAGGUGCACAGUGCAUUUUUACAUUUUUGUGAUUUUUGGUUGUCAGAGACAGUAUCGAAAGAGAUAGCAUUACCGGAACGUGAAAUAUGUGCCAACAUUUGGCGUGUUGUAAUAUUGCAGUCCGUAGUCGCAGUAAAUGGAGCUUGCUUUGAAAAUAGUGAAGAAGAUGAAGAUUUAAAAUCGAUACCCAGCUUUAAGAUCGAUGAUAUGUUUAAAACUGAACGCACAGAUUCUGAGUUUCUUUUGCAUCCCAAAGUCUUAGUGGGUUGUAUGCGUAUCGAUACGUCAUUUCAAUCUGCAUGUGUUCCUAAAGUACAAUUGCUGGUCAGUUGCAAUCUUUUUUGCAUACAAUUAAAAAAUCAACCACAGGAAACUGGAGAGCUACCAAUAUUUUUGAAAAAAUAUCAACUAAAUAAUUCAAUAGAAAUUAGUCAAACAUUUUUGGUACUUAAUCUAAAAAAUAUGAGCUUUCAUACUAUUUUCCAUUCACUUAAUAACUAUGCACUUGACAGCUCAUUAAUUUGUAGUAUAGAGUAUUUGGAUUAUGGAUUCUUGAAUAUGCUCUACUUUCUAGAAGAGACUACUAUACAAAGCUAUAUACGCUUUAAAAAUUCAGAGCAAAGUAAUAUAUGUGCUAAUUUUGUUUUCGAUAAGCUGCGCUUCAAUAUUGGUCCUUCUUUUAUACAUACAAUACUUAGCUCGAAGCAACAUUGGCAAGAUUUAUUGGAUCAAAAUCCAAAACGUAUACGUAAUACGUUUUUGCCGAAAUGUAUUGUAGUGAAUCGUACACAUUCGUGUCUUUCUUUUGGCCAAACUGAUACUACAGAACGCAUCAAAUUACAACCUAAAGAAUGUCAUCUUUAUUCGUUUCGCAGUGAAUAUCUUAAUCAGGAGUUGACAUUCUUUAUUUGCGAUGAUGAUACUCAAAUGAUACAAGCUUCUCAAUCGAUACCAAUAACAUUGAAACUUGAUGGAAACUCUAUUAAAUAUCCAAUACGCAUUGGUGACAAAUGCAUUUUUGUGAAGCAACGAAAAUUAUCUGCAACACAAGUAUUUUUACUUAUUAAAGGUCAAAUAGAAAUGAUAUCAAUGAUACCAAACAAAUUGCGUCUAGAAUUCCGUAAAGAAGGUGUUAAUUAUGAGAAUAUACAACCAAAAGAAUAUAUUAUAGAUGAGAAUGGCCGAUCUUCUUUCUUCCGAAAUGUACGCAGGAACUCGAACAUUAAUAUAAGAUUAAAGUUCUCAGAGAGUAAUAGCAAAAAGCGCAGUGGUGAUAUUCCUCUAAGACCGAAUAAAGGAUUACCAUGGCUUGUUAAAAUACCAACUGACAACAAUGAUUUCAUAAGUUAUUGGGUUAGGGUUUUACGUGAAGAUAUUCCAGAGUUAGCAACAGAUAAGUUCCAACCUCAAAAAGUGCUAAUAACAAUUUGGCCAAUUUUUGAAAUACUCUCGAUGCUAACAUGUCCUGUGAGAGUUACAGAGAGUUUUACAAAAGACAACUUCCAACUAAACGGAGAAGGUGACAAACAUACACUACAUGUGCCAGCAACACAUUUAAGUGAACAUCAGUUGGAUUUCAUUUAUAACUUCUCCAGCACAAAUUCAACAACGACGAGCUAUAUGUUGAGUUUAAAAUCAAUUGAUUGGUUUAAGUUCUUUAAAUAUGAUCAGCAGAUUUGGAAUAUUGAUUAUGCCUUAACAGAAUUGGGAAAAGAAAUGCACGCUGAUUGGCCCCUAAGUGAUAAUGAGGAGAAACGUGUUAAACGUACCAUCACUGAAAGCGGUGUUACAGCUGACAUUAUUUACAAUGCUGGCUUAUCACGUGAUUUUUCAUGUACUUUAUGUUUAGAGUUAACACCAUGGGCGUUGCUUAUCAAUGCUACCGGUUUGAAUAUUGGUUUCUGUAAUUUAACUACCAAUGAGCGUAUUAGUUUAGAAUCGAAUUGUCUUACAAUGAUUUUUGCUACUAAGGGCGCUUUCACUAUAGAUAUUAGAAAUGGAACCGCUUGGUUUUCUUCAAAACCCAUUUAUUUAUUAGAUGCAAAUAAUGAUGUGCGUAGCGGUAAACAUUCAGUGUUAGCUAGCAAUUCUAGUAUUGAUAUUGUCAUACAACGUUCUGGAGAGGUGUUACAUUUUGUAUUACUAUACACAAUUGAAAAAGAACGCAGGGUACUUAAAUUAUGCACGAAAUAUGUCAUUACUAAUUUUUCUAAACAUGAGCUUUAUGUACUCUCAUUCGCAAUGGAUCACAAAGAAAGUUCAACUAGAGAAUGUGUGAGGACACUAGAUAUGGACGCCAAGAAACUACAUUUGAAAACAGUGAUGUCUGCUACUAAUUGCAUUGGUCUGAACAUCGAUUCAUUUUAUGAUUUGAACGUAAAGAAGUCUAAGCGCACUAACGAUACUGCAUUUGUUUAUUUUGUUUGCAUUAAAUUUUCUAAUGAUUCCGAAAUUUCAAUACCCAUACCACUAUCGAUGCCCUUUACGCGUCGUUGCCUUAGCAUACAAAAUGAAAGCGAUUCAUUGCCAUUUGUAGUGACUUUGAUUGAAAAAAAUGGCAUACAUUAUCUAAAUGUGUUUGAUGACAUAUCACCCUCGAUAUUAUUUAACAAUCAGACAGAUAUUGUUUUUGUAGUUGCACAAACUAAAGCUUCGGAAAACAGCAAAGUCUCCAGUACUGUGUCAGAAUAUCAUGGGCGCCAUUUUGAUUGGUUUCAACUUUUGCCAGCGCAUAGUAACUGUUUCUAUACACCACCGGAAAUGUAUAUAAAUUUUCCAGAUAUUGAGUCUUCCGUAUGUAAUUUAACAAUUGCACUUUAUGAUGAUCAAAUAAAGAAAAAUAAAAUAUGUUGGUCAAAACCAAUAAGCACUGAUAAAUCUUGGGAAAAGUUUCUGCAUAUUCCAAACCAUGGCGAUGUGAAAAUUAUAAUCUGUGAUAAACAUAGAGUGAUACGUUUUUCAAUUUAUUAUAUAACAGAGCAAACGGAAUUCUCUGUUAAAGAUCUACGCUCAAGACUGCUCACAUCUCAUCCACCACUCGAUGCUGAAACUAAAAAACAUUCCAAUUUGAUGUUAGACUAUAAGAACUCUAGUGUCAGUUCUGGAUUAUUCAUAAUACAUCAAAAGUGUUCCCAUUUUAGUGAAGAACUUCAGCAAAAAAUGACAACGAACGUUAAAAUUUUCAUAAAGGAAGUAAAUUUCUGUCUUAACACAGACUCCAAAGAUCGUGAUUAUGUGAAACGUGAGAUCUUCGCUUUGUACGGCGAUGACUUUCUACUCUCGUACGAGGAUGAAAGUGAUAAACGUCAACUAAAUAUUGCAUUUACAAAUUUACAGAUUGAUAAUCAACUAUAUACUUCUGGAAAGUAUGACUUCCCUGUAGUGCUAUGUGCACAAGACUUAUACAAACGUACCAACUCUAUGCCACAAGUGCAUGACUUGGAUCAAACUUAUAGGAAUCUUGAAAGUCGUUCGUUUAUGGCACUUUUCGUCUUAAAUUUUUACAACGACGAAUUUAAAUUAUGCUCGAUUAAAUGUAGUUUUAGUCCAAUACGAACUUAUAUCGAAGACGCUUACUUAAAUGAUUUGUUAGAUGCUAUGGUAGAAUGUGAACCUUCAAAUUGUGUUUUUGUGCCAACAGCAGAGGAACUUCCUAUUACAUUACAAGCAGGCGAAAAUUUACUGCCACGUGACGUUGCUGCGCAAGCGAUUUGCAUAUCAGAACCUUUACAGUUGCGCUCAUUUCGUAUUGAGCCAUUAAGUGUGCUAUUGUCAGUACACACAUCUGUGCGUUUAUAUAUAGCAUUGGAUCAUUCACCACUUUCGUUUGGUACAUAUGAACGUGAACAUAUUAUUACUGCGCCAUUACGUUUCGGACAGUCGUUAGGUAUGCAUUAUUUAUCGGGCGCUAUAUUCGGUGCUGGUUGGGUUGUGGGUUCACUGGAAAUACUAGGUAGUCCAAGUGGCUUAGCGCGUUCGUUUACAACUGGUUUGCGUGAUUUUGUAUCAAUGCCGGUGCAAGGUCUGUUUCGUGGUCCUUGGGGUUUUAUUGUAGGCAUAACACAGGGUUCUGCAUCUCUAUUACGCAAUGUAACUGCUGGUACGGUCAAUUCAGUCACAAAAUUAGCAGCCUCAGUAGCGCGUAACUUAGAUAGACUUACCUUGGAUACCGAACAUUUAGAACGCACAGAAGCAUUACGUCGUACACGACCACAGGGCUUUACUGAGGGCUUUACACAGGGUAUAACUGGCUUUGGCAUAAGUUUACUUGGUGCGGUUGGUGGUAUAGCGAGGCAUACACUUGAAGCUCGUUCACCGGUCGAAGUUGUGACAGGUGUUGGCAAAGGUAUUGUUGGCGCUUUUACAAAACCAAUAAGUGGCGCUGCUGAAUUGGUGGCACUUACUGGGCAGGGUAUGCUGCAAUCUGUGGGCUUCAAUGCAAUGCCACAACAGCGUAUGUCGUCAUUAUACUACAAUAAAGAGAGUAUUCCCUCUGCAUAUCGAAUUUGGAAAUUAUUACCAGGCGUGUUAAGCACUGAUCAAAUAUUGGCCUAUCAUGAAGUUACACUUCUAGUCCCGUUAAAAACACAGCGUGCUUAUAUAUUUUUAACCUCGGCUGUGUUUGCUGCUUUGGAUGCACAAUGGGAUAAAUUACUGUUUGCAUGUCCUGUGGAUAAAGUUGAAAUAUUAGCAGAUCGUAAUGAUAAAACAUUAGUUUAUGUACGUGUAGCGAGAGAAAAAGAAGAUAUCGAAGAGGAUAUGGACUAUACUAAUCAACGCAUUCUGAGUUUUUUGCACUCAUCAUUCAUUAGUCGCGAGCGUACUAUUACUGCAGAUUCACUUGAUGACAUGCUACAAUCGCAAGAUGGUAGCGAAGAGGCUACCAGAAAUCUGGAGUGUGCAUUUUAUAUAAACGAGAAUAUUGGAGAACAUUUAAUACAGUACUUGAAAAUUAUGCACAGAAAGUUGUAAAAUAUCUUUUCAUAUUUUUUUAAAAUAAUCGGUGUUUAGUUUAAGGUUAAGAGCAGACAACGUAAAUUGUAAUUGUAUGAAAAAGCCAAUAAUGUAUUAGUAUAUUUUAGUUUAACAUAUAUAUGUAUAUAUA